AUGUCGCUCGAAUUACACUACCCUUCGAACUGUCCAUUCUGUCGUAUAAGCGAAGCCUAUCCCGCGUCCUCCGAGUCCCCUGUCCCCUCCAGUCCCGAUCCUGCUCUUGUUGAUCCCAAUGCCUUCAUCAUCCUGUCCUCUGACCAUGUCCUUGCUUUUCUGGACAUUCUACCCAUGACGACUGGCCAUGUCCUACUUACCACACGCGUACAUCACGAGAAACUCAGUGAAGUGCCUAUCGGUCCCACAGCGCAGGCUCUAGGAUAUUGGAUGCCGCUAGUGUCACGCGCCCUUGCCAAAACUCUGCAUGUCGAAGACUGGAACGUCGUACAGAACAACGGAAUCCGCGCUGCUCAGGUUGUGCCACAUGUCCACUUUCACUUCAUCCCAAGGUAUUCGGAAGGCCGUCGUCCACCGUCUAAGAAACCAAAGGCCGACACCUUCGAGGUCAAGAGCUGGAAGAUGUUCGGUCGAGGUCAGAGAGAAGAGUUGGAUGAGGAAGAGGCAGUUGAGCUGGCUCAGAGGAUCAGAGAAGCCUUGAAACAAGAAGUCGAGGCUCUGGAGAAGGAUGCCGUCAAGCUGUGA